GAUAACAGGACCGUUGUAUUGCACGUGCGCUCGUUUUUUAAAGAAAUAAACAAUAUUGUUUAGCUGAAUUUAAGCUGAAGGAAACAUGGCCGAGUUCAUAGCUGAGAUGCAGGAGCGCCUGCUGCCGGAAUACGAGCAGAUGAAAAACUACAAUGUAUUCACGCCGGAUCAGGUCAGGGACAUAGUUAGCCGGCGGGAACGCCUGUUCCUGAAGAUCACCAAGAGCCACCUCACCAUCAGCGAUUAUCUAGAGUUCAUACUGUACGAGAAGGACAUGCACCAGACCAUCACCGAGAAGGAGAAGAAGAUGCACGUGAAGCUGACAGGUUUGAAGGCCUCGCUGGCCACCCGCAUUAUGCGUUUGUACCGCGAGGUCCUGGGUAAAUUCCCGCAUGACCGCCGGCUAUGGAACAAUUGGAUCAAAUUCAGCAAAAAGGUCAAUCCCGUUGAGGUGGCGGGCAUAUACGAAAAGAUGCUGCUGUACCAUGGCGAUGUCCCAGACUUCUGGGUGGACGCCGCCUGUUGGCUUUACGAGUACAAUCGCCUCAACUUUGAUCGCGUGAAGGAUAUCCUACUGCGCGGCCUACAAAGACAUCCCGAUUCCGAGGUCCUCAACAAGUGCUUCUUUGACAUCAUGCUCAAGGAGGCCUCGCUGGCCAGCAACGAACGCAAUCUGGCGGAGAACACACUAUCCGAGCAGGACAUUAAGCUGGAGCGCGUGGAGGCGGUUUAUCGUAACAGUAUGACCAAUAUCACACAUCUCGAUUACUUUGUGAAGCUCCUGGAGAGCUGCGAGGAUCAUGCGGAGCUCACGCACAAACUGCAGCGACUGAUCAUCGAUGACAUGCAGGAGAAGUUCCCCAGAGAGCCGGGCCUUUGGGAUUUGCUGGCCCAGCGCGAGCUGCGUGGCUAUCACCUGGGUGAUUUGGCGGAGAAUGAAGAGGAGCCGCCGGCAGAUGAUAAUGCCAAUCGCGAUGGUCAGCCAGCCAGCAAGAAGUCCCGAAACCAGGCCAAUGCCCGCUCUCUCAAGAGACGCAUUCAGCUGUGCGUUACCGUGUACAAGUCGGCGGUGGAGGAGGUGCAAACAAAGCAGAUGUGGAGCCGAUAUUUGGAUGCCAUGUUGGCUCUCAACAGUGACACCACCACAGAGCGGGUCCUCAAGCAACAGAGCCUGGCGGAUGCCCUCGAAGCGGGCCAUCACUCCAAAAUGAUGGGCGUUAAGCACUAUGCUGUGCUGCGAAAGAUGCUGGGCAGUGCUCCCGGCGGCAGGGAGACAGCGGUCACCAUACUCACCGAGGCCUUGAAACGGGACGAGUCAUCCGUGGAAAUGCAUGAACUCCUGCUGGCCAUGCACAUACAAAACGACAGCGAGCCGCAGGUUUACGAGCUCUUCAAUAAGAUGCAAAGGAGCGUGCGUAGCGAGGCGGCAGCUUUGCCGUUGUGGCGCAGCGUCAUCCUGUAUUAUCGGACGCGUCAGGAUGCACUGGGUUCCCGGCGGCUGGACGAGAUCUAUGCUUUGGCCUGCAAGUCGCCGUGCGUGGAGUUUGGUGAGCUGCGCUCCGAUUAUCUUGGCUACCUGUGGCAGGUGCGGUCCGUGGAGGCGGCACGCAAGGAAUACUCCAAGCUGGCCAUCCAGCCGCCCAUGUCCCUGGCCCUGCACCGCAAAAUGGUUCAGCUGGAGAGCAGUCUGGCCGUUCGUGAUCAGGCGAGUCUCAAGUGCUGGCGCAUGUGCUAUGAGUUUAUGGCCACCUAUUUUGGCAAGACGGAGCCACGCGUUUGGGUCGAGUAUCUGGCCUUUGAGCGGGAUCACGGCGAAACGAAGAACAUUGCUUUGCUUACGCAGCGGGCUCUGACCUCACUCCAGCCUCAGUAUGUGCCCGCCUUUGAGGCGGAGCGAGCUCUGGCCUAUGUGGGUGCCUCGAUAGCUGGCUCAUAGGUUCAUAUUUAGAUUUCUUUACGUAGUUUUUAAGCUGAAAGCCUCUCUCAUGGGGAAGACUAGCAUAAGUAAGCUCUUUUUUUCUUAAUAUUUUUUUUUAUAUUUAGAACGACUUUUGUA